CCCACGGAGGCCAGCACCAGCGGUCUAGGGGGCGGUGCGGUGAUGCCACCGCACACACCUGGGAAGCCCCAGCCAUGAGCAGCCCCCCAGCGUACCCUGGCAUCAGGGUCUCGGGGUGCUGGGCCCUUGGAGCAGAAGGCAGCAGCAAUGCCGAGUCCCUGGACAGGCUCCUGCCGCCCGUGGGCACAGGCCGCCCGCCCCGGAAGCGGACCACCAGCCAGUGCAAGUCGGAGCCACCCCUGCUGCGCACGCGGAAACGCACCAUCUACACAGCGGGCCGGCCACCCUGGUACAACGAGCACGGCACCCAGUCCAAGGAGGCCUUCGUCAUCGGCCUCGGAGGUGGCAGCGCGUCCGGGAAGACCACAGUGGCCAGGAUGAUCAUCGAGGCCCUGGACGUGCCCUGGGUGGUGCUGCUGUCCAUGGACUCCUUCUAUAAGGUGCUGACCAAGCAGCAGCAGGACCAGGCUGCCCAGAACAAUUUCAACUUUGACCACCCGGAUGCCUUCGACUUCGACCUCAUCGUGUCCACACUCAAGAAGCUGAAGCAGGGCAAAAGCGUCCAGGUGCCCAUCUACGACUUCACCAGCCACAGCCGCAAGAAGGACUGGAAAACACUCUAUGGUGCCAACGUCAUCAUCUUCGAGGGCAUCAUGGCCUUCGCUGACAAGACGCUGUUGGAGCUCCUGGACAUGAAGAUCUUUGUGGACACGGACUCUGACAUCCGCCUGGUGCGGCGGCUGCGCCGGGACAUAAGCGAGCGUGGCCGGGAUAUCGAGGGCGUCAUCAAGCAGUACAACAAAUUCGUCAAGCCCGCUUUCGACCAGUACAUCCAGCCCACCAUGCGCGUGGCUGACAUCGUGGUGCCGCGGGGGAGCGGGAACACGGUGGCCAUUGACCUGAUUGUGCAGCACGUACACAGCCAGCUGGAGGAGCGUGAACUCAGCGUCAGGGCCGCGCUGGCCUCGGCACACCAGUGCCACCCGCUGCCGCGCACGCUGAGCGUCCUCAAGAGCACGCCGCAGGUGCGGGGCAUGCACACCAUCAUCCGGGACAAGGAGACCAGCCGCGACGAGUUCAUCUUCUACUCCAAGAGGCUGAUGCGGCUGCUGAUCGAGCACGCGCUCUCCUUCCUGCCCUUCCAGGACUGCGUCGUGCAGACGCCCCAGGGCCACGACUACUCGGGCAAAUGCUACGCCGGCAAGCAGAUCACCGGCGUGUCCAUCCUGCGGGCCGGGGAGACCAUGGAGCCCGCGCUGCGUGCCGUGUGCAAGGACGUGCGCAUCGGCACCAUCCUCAUCCAGACCAACCAGCUGACGGGGGAGCCGGAGCUCCACUACCUGCGGCUGCCCAAGGACAUCAGCGAUGACCACGUGAUCCUGAUGGACUGCACGGUGUCCACGGGUGCUGCGGCCAUGAUGGCAGUCCGCGUGUUGCUGGACCAUGAUGUGCCAGAGGACAAGAUCUUCCUGCUGUCCCUGCUCAUGGCAGAGAUGGGUGUCCACUCAGUGGCCUAUGCGUUCCCACGAGUGCGGAUCAUCACUACGGCGGUGGACAAGCGUGUCAACGACCUUUUCCGCAUCAUCCCUGGCAUCGGAAACUUCGGAGACCGCUACUUUGGGACCGACGCAGCCCCCGAGGGUAGUGACGAGGAGGAAGUGGUGGCGGCCAGUUAGGAGUGAGGCCCAGGACGGGGCAGGCACUGUGCAGUGACUCAUUAAAAGGUGU